UUCCAUCAGUGACAUCAGAGGUUCCAUCCUUUGUGAAAAACUCAAAGCAACAGAGGUUUGGGCUCAGUCUGCGCAAGCAGCCGGCUUUUGAACCAUGCCCCAGCCUGAGCCCAAGGACAGCUAACGCAGAGAAGAACAUCUCUGGGAAGUGGGGCCUUGACUUGAGCCUUGUGCUGCACAGCUGCAUUGAGGACAGAAGACGUAAGCGGAGGGGAGCACCUUAGAGGACUGGGACAAAAAGAGGGACAGAGAGAUGAGUCCUGAGUGCUGCAGCUCGGUGAAGACGCAAUACAAUUCCCACUUGAAUCUAUAACUGCGGGACAACAACACAACUCAGUGCUAUUAACAAAAAAAGGGUGGACUGGAGGGAGCCCCAGUAGCUGUCCAUCAAUCCUUGCAGCUCGCCAGCAGCAAUGCAGGGGCUGAUGUGGAGCCUGUGCGCUCUUCUCUGCCUCUCCUUCUGGAAGGGGAGUCACUGCUGGAGCUCCAGAGGAGCUCGGAGUGCUAAAGAACCUUCCCACCAGAGGAACAGACGAGCUCCUGUUGAUCCAGACGCAAAAAAGUGCUCCUAUACAUUCCUCGUACCCGAGCAGAGAAUUACAGGUCCAAUCUGCGCCAGCACCACGGGUCCGGAGCCAGACAAAGACAGAGUGACCCGCAUGGACAUUGCAGAUGUGCGAGAGGUUCUCAACAAACAGCGGCGUGAGAUUGAGACACUGCAGCUGGUGGUAGAUGUAGAUGGUAACUUGGUGAAUGAGAUGAAGCUGCUGCGGAAGGAGAGCCGGAACAUGAACUCCAGGGUGACCCAGCUCUAUAUGCAGCUGCUGCAUGAGAUCAUCAGGAAAAGGGACAAUUCUCUGGAGCUGGCCCAGCUGGAGAACCGUGUCCUGAAUGUGACCUCAGAGAUGAUGCGACUGGCUUCGAGGUACAAGGAGCUGGAGGGCCGAUUUGCCAUGAUGGCCGGCGUGGUCAACAACCAGUCCGUUCUGAUCGCUGCGCUGGAGGAGCAAUGUCUAAGGACGCAGGGACGCAGCGAGCUGCCCCCGGUUCCUCCACUGGUGCAGGUGGUGCCGGAGAACAUACCAGUCAACAACCGUUUUACCAACGAGAUUCCCAGAUACCCCAACAACAGGGCAUUUCCCAGAGGAUCGCGCAUAGACUCACCCACUGCGAGCCCCUUUGGGAUAGAUCCUCCACCACCACAGGGAACACUUACUUCUGACGGUCCCUUCAGAGACUGUUUCCAGGUACGCCAGGCGGGCCACACGUCCAGUGGGAUGUACUUACUGAAGAUCGACAAAAGCGAUCAACUGAUUCAAGCUUGGUGUGAACAUGGUCUCGAUAAUGGGGGAUGGACUGUGUUGCAAAAGAGGAAAGACGGUUCUGUCAACUUCUUUCGGAACUGGGAAAACUACAAGAAAGGAUUCGGCAACAUCGAUGGUGAGCACUGGCUUGGGCUGGACAAUAUCUUUAACCUGGCAAAACAGGGUGACUACAAGCUGAUGAUAGAGCUGGAGGACUGGACGGGGAAGAAGGUCUACGCCGAGUACAGCAGCUUCCACUUGGAGCCCGAGAGCGAGGGUUAUCGACUGAGGCUGGGCACCUACCAGGGCAACGCCGGAGACUCCUUCAGCAGUCACAACGGCAAACAGUUUACCACACUCGACCGGGACAGAGACACCUUCUCUGGUAACUGCGCCCACUUCCAUAAGGGCGGAUGGUGGUACAACGCCUGUGGUCAGACCAACCUGAACGGCGUGUGGUACAGCGGGGGAGUGUACCGCAGCAAAUUCCAGGACGGGAUCUUCUGGGCAGACUACGGAGGAGGCUUCUACUCUCUCAAAUCCGUUCGCCUCAUGAUUCGACCAAUUGACUGAAACCUUGAAAUGUGGUUCCCCUUAAUCGCACCCCUAUCUCCAGCUUGAUCCUCUACCUAUUAGUGAAUGAUGUCACGGCAGAAUCCGGUAUCUCUGCCAUAGCAUGGCUCUUACUCAGACGAUAAUGACUCCUGCAGUCCGGGAAGUGGCCGAAACCAAGACUGAUCCCACUGCUCUCCCUAAGUAAUUGCUCUCCUCCACCAUCAGAUCGGACAGUAAUUGCCCAUCAAGAUCCCCGAGACCACUCAGUAUUACUGUUGCGUGUCUCGAUUCACCCUCUUUUCCUUGAGGCUUGGCAUAUCAAAAGGGAGUAGUCAUUUCCCAAAACAGUAGAUUUCAUUUGAGCAGCUUCCUCUUUGCAGACAACGCUUCCUAUCGAAUGGGCCCCUGAAUACACUGAGAUGUGUAACACACUCAAUAAGUGCGUUUAAAGUUGUGUUUUCAGAAUAAUCUGAAAUUCAAAUGAAAAUACAAGGCCUCGCUAAAUCUGCUGUCUAGUUUUUUCAAGGAUUUCCUGGACUCCUUGGGUUUCUUAUGACUGACCAAAAAGAGAGUUAACUCAAGUCCCUAUGUGCUUAUCCAAUGUGCAUAUGGCUGAGCUGGAGCUGUUAUGUAAAUAUUGUCUUUCUUUUUUGGUAAAAGUUAAUUUAAGAGGUGUGAUUUGACUCAGGCCAAAUGUUCAAUGUUGUCACUCUACCGUUCUUUGUUAUUUAUCGGUGUAUUUAUAGUAUGUGUAGUCAACCAUUGCAAUCUUAUAAAUAUCCCUGUAACAAUAAAAAAAGUCUUUUUUUUUACCCCAUGUAGCGAUACUUUAGAAACACUUGAACAAAAGCAUACACGCAAAUAAAUCCAGUCUCUUGUUGACUUGAGAGUGGAGACCAUGUGACGUGCACUGCCAGCCAUACAGUAAAAAAAUAAAUACAUUCUUGUAUGAACAUUAAAUUGUCUGUCAGUUUUCACUGUUGAAAGGGAUUUCUGUGAAAGGAACAGCUGUGAACUUAAAACUAGCCUUCGACAAAAAUCUGACACUUUCGUGAAAAGAAGAAGCAGCGCUGAAAACUCAGGGCCGGAUAAACAUCAGCUGCGA